AUUAUAGUCCAAACAAAUAAAUAAAAACUCCCUCUCUUUUUUUCUUUAAUCUUUUUCUGCUAUUAUUGUGUUGUGUUUCAUUCAACAAAGCAGAAAAAAGCUGCUUCAUUCAUUCAUUCAUUCAUCUUCUUCUCCCUUUCUCUCUGUCAGACUCACGUUCUUCACCAUUGUCAAUUUCUUCUUCUUCUUCUUCUUCUUCUCCUGUGUUCUCAGUUGUGAAGACUCACUCAUUUUCCAAUUUCGCGAGAUCUUCGCUUAAUCAUUCAUCAUCAUCUUCUGCUUCUCUUUCUCAGAACUCUUUUAAGGGGAGAUGUCUCGGACAUCCAAUGUCCCACCUGCCUUCCACUCCAUUAAAUCUUUGCCUUCCGAGUUCAAGCUUAGUAAUAAUCCAAACACUGGUGUUGGGGGAAAACAUGGAAACCAUAGAUUGAGGAGCACUGAUCUGAUUGCAUCGAAUGGUUCCGAAAAUGGUGCAUCGGUAGGGGAGGUUUCUAAGGGAGUUCACAACCGUGCUGGUGACAUGAAUCUUUUUGACGAUGAAUCGCCAUACGGGGGGAGUGACAGAUCAUUCGAAGACAGGCUAGUGAAUGCUGAUGAAGAGUUGGUAUCUGUUUCAAAGCCACUCCCAUCAAGUUCAACGUCCUCUAGGGAUAGCAGAUGGAGUGAUACAACUCCUUAUGCUUCAAAGAAGAAGCUUCAGUCUUGGCUUCAACUCUCUAAUGGGGAUUGGGCGCUGGUGAAGAUAAUAACCACUUCGGGAACAGAAUCUGUCAUUUCACUGCCUGAUGGGAAAGUUUUAAAGGUCAAAGAUGAAAACUUGGUACCAGCAAAUCCUGAUAUUCUUGAUGGAGUUGAUGACCUCAUGCAACUUAGUUAUUUAAAUGAACCAUCAGUUUUAUACAACCUGCAAUGUAGAUACAAUCAAAAUAUGAUCUAUACGAAAGCAGGGCCUGUUUUGGUUGCCAUAAAUCCCUUUAAGAAAAUUCCUCUGUAUGGUAAUGACUAUAUUGAAGCCUACAAGCGUAAAGCAGUUGAAAGCCCUCAUGUAUAUGCAAUUACAGACACUGCCAUCAGAGAAAUGAUACGGGAUGAAGUUAAUCAAUCAAUAAUUAUAAGUGGAGAGAGUGGAGCAGGGAAGACUGAGACAGCAAAAAUAGCAAUGCAGUACUUGGCUGCCCUUGGUGGUGGAAGUGGAAUAGAGUAUGAGAUAUUAAAGACUAAUCCAAUACUAGAAGCCUUUGGUAAUGGAAAAACACUGAGAAAUGACAACUCAAGUCGUUUUGGAAAGCUCAUUGAGAUUCACUUCAGCGAAACUGGAAAAAUAUCUGGUGCUAAUAUUCAAACAUUUUUGUUGGAAAAGUCUAGAGUUGUCCAAUGCAAUGAAGGGGAAAGAUCAUAUCAUAUAUUUUAUCAGCUAUGCGCUGGAGCACCACCAUCACUAAGGGAGAAGCUAAAUCUGCAAAGUGCCCAAGACUAUAAAUAUUUGAGGCAAAGCAGUUGUUAUUCAAUUACCGGGGUUGAUGAUGCAGAAGAAUUUCACGCAGUCAUGGAAGCUCUGGAUGUUGUCCAUAUUAGCAAAGGAGACCAGGAUAACGUAUUUGCAAUGCUUGCUGCAGUAUUAUGGUUAGGAAACAUAUCAUUUACUGUGAUCGAUAAUGAAAAUCAUGUUCAAGCUGUUGAGGAUGAGGGGCUGUUCAGCGCUGCCAAGUUGAUUGGCUGUGACAUUGAAGAUCUUAAGUUGACUUUAACAACUCGUAAAAUGAAAGUUGGUAAUGACAUUAUUGUCCAGAAGUUGACGCUUUCUCAGGCUAUGGAUGCAAGAGAUGCUUUGGCGAAAUCAAUAUAUGCAUGUCUGUUUGAUUGGCUGGUUGAGCAAAUAAACAAGUCACUUGCAGUUGGCAAAAGACGCACUGGCAGAUCUAUCAGUAUUCUAGAUAUUUAUGGUUUUGAGUCAUUCAAUAGGAACAGUUUUGAGCAGUUCUGCAUAAAUUAUGCAAAUGAGAGAUUACAGCAACAUUUUAAUCGUCAUUUAUUCAAGUUAGAACAGGAGGAAUAUAUCCAAGAUGGCAUUGAUUGGGCUAAAGUUGAAUUUGAAGACAACCAAGACUGCCUUAAUCUUUUUGAAAAGAAACCGCUUGGGCUACUAUCUCUGUUAGAUGAAGAGUCAACUUUCCCAAAUGGCACGGAUUUAACAUUUGCUGACAAGCUUAAGCAGCAUUUGAACUCUAAUUCAUGCUUCAAAGGAGAACGAGAAAAAGCCUUUACUGUGUCUCAUUAUGCAGGGGAGGUCACUUAUGAUACAACCGGAUUCCUGGAGAAGAACAGGGACCUACUGCACUUAGAUUCCAUCCAACUGCUAUCCUCAAGCAAGAGUCAUCUUCCUCAGGUGUUUGCAUCUCACAUGCUUACUCAAUCUGAGAAGCCUGUAGUUGGUCCCUUACACAAGUCAGGUGGGGCAGAUUCCCAAAAGCUUAGUGUUGCUAUGAAAUUCAAGGGACAAUUGUUUCAACUUAUGCAACGUUUAGAGAGUACCACUCCACAUUUUAUUAGGUGCAUUAAGCCCAAUAACCUCCAAUCACCUGGAUCAUAUGAACAAGGCCUUGUACUGCAGCAGUUGAGAUGUUGCGGGGUCCUCGAAGUGGUUCGAAUAUCAAGAUCAGGCUUUCCAACUAGAAUGUCUCAUCAAAAGUUUGCCAGAAGAUAUGGGUUUCUUCUCCUUGAAAAUGUCGCAUCGCAGGAUCCACUUAGUGUUUCCGUUGCUAUUCUUCAUCAGUUUAACAUUUUGCCUGAGAUGUUUCAAGUUGGCUUCACAAAAUUAUUCUUCCGAACAGGACAGAUUGGUGUGCUUGAAGAUACUAGAAAUCGUACCCUCCAUGGCAUUUUACGUGUGCAAAGUUGCUUCAGGGGUUACAAAGCUCGAUGUUACCGCAAGGAGCUUUGGAGAGGAAUCACUACUCUUCAGUCAUUUAUUAGGGCAGAGAAAAGUAGAAAGAGAUAUGCAGCUUUACUUCAGAGACAUAGAGCUGCUAUUAUUAUACAGAAGCAGAUGAAAACAGUAAUUGCAAGAAACGGAAUGAAAACUACUAAUGAUGCUGCAGUUGUUAUACAAUCAUUUAUUCGUGGUUGGUUAGUCAGAAGAUUCUCUGGAGACAUAGGUUUAUUAAAAUCCGGAGGCAUGAAGACUAACGAGUCGGAUGAGGUCCUCGUGAAGUCGUCUUUCUUAGCUGAACUACAACGAAGGGUACUUAAGGCUGAAGCUGGCCUAAGAGAGAAAGAAGAGGAAAAUGACAUCCUUCACCAACGUCUUCAACAGUACGAGAGCAGAUGGUCUGAAUAUGAAUUGAAGAUGAAAUCCAUGGAAGAAGUAUGGCAGAAGCAAAUGAGAUCCCUUCAAUCUAGCCUCUCCAUCGCUAAGAAGAGUCUUGCUAUGGAUGAUUCUGAAAGAAAUUCAGAUGCGUCGGUUAAUGCAAGUGAUGAGAGGGAAUACAGCUGGGAUGUAGGAAGUAAUCACAGGCGCCAAGAAAGCAAUGGAACGAGAUCUAUGAGUGCUGGUUUGAGUGUUAUCAGUAGGUUGGCUGAAGAAUUCGAGCAAAGGAGUCAGGUAUUUGGUGAUGAUGCGAAGUUCUUGGUUGAGGUAAAAUCUGGCCAGAUUGAAGCAAGUUUGGACCCAGACCAAGAGCUUAGAAGGUUAAAACAAAUGUUUGAAGCUUGGAAAAAGGAUUAUAGUGGAAGACUGCGUGAAACAAAGCUUAUUUUGCAUAAACUUGGAAGUGAAGAAAGUUCAAUUGAAAAAGCGAAGAAAAAGUGGUGGGUAAGAAGGAAUAGUACAAGGAUAAAUUGAUUUAUUUUUUUCCUCUUGUGGCUUUGGCUUUGGUCUAUGCACUGUUUUUUAGGGCAUUGCCAACUAUAUAUCCCAAAAUGAGGAAAAUACAAUAGGAAACAAAAGUUAGGAGUAGUAAGAGUCCAAGGACGAAUGAAUGAUUACUGUAAUCAGGUUAGCUGCUGCUAGCCUUCUGCACGAGUUUUGGGGUUAGACACUGGCUAUAAAGCUUCUAAUUCAUGUUAAAAAAAAAUCACCUAGCCUUCUAUGGUC